GUCCGCCCGUGCCCCCCGCCCCGUCGCAGGGCUGACGCGGCGGCGCCGGCGCAGGGCGCUCGGGCCCGGCGGGGCGGAGCGGAGCAGGAGCGGAGCGAGGCCUUGGCGGAGGCCGGGAUGCAGCGGGCGGCGCCGGCGGGCAGAGUGCACAGAGACACCCGGUUGUAGCAGCCGAUGGCUUUGCUGUCUGCUGCAGCGUGCUGUUCCUGUAAACACAGAGGAACCACUUCAAAGAGGGAGCUGUGCCUUUCGUCCUGGAGUCAGAGCAUGAGAAUUUCUGGGGUGGCAGUACGGACACUGCUGGUCCCUUAUGGGAAGGAUUUGUCUGAUUUUCAAGAUCAUAAUGCAGCAGAAAAAUGAAAAAGCACAGAAGAAAUUUGCUUCUGAAAAGAAGUCAGUUGCUGGCCCAGUCUAGAAGGUGGACCACUGGAUCUGGGGAGCUUGGGAAAUACUGCUUCCAAAGGCAAUUUUUCCUAGCUAAGAAGAAAAGACAAAGUGCUUGGCUAAUUGUGAGCUUAAAUCACAACAAACUGUACAGAAGUCUGCAGUGCAAAAGGAAGACUCUUGAGCUUCCAAGCAGGUUGGCUCCUGAUGUGCAUCUAAAUGCAGAAACUUAUCAAAAACCUGCUGUAGACCCAUAGAGCUUUCCUUACAAAAAUACCCAGGGCAGAAAGAUCCUGUCCCUAUCAGAGAGCUGAAAGCCCGUCUGGAGAAGCAGUAAGAAAACUCAACAAUGAAUCCUUUCAGAGUGAAGAUCCCUUGAACAAAGAAUCAGAAACUGGCGCUACUCUUAAUAGCAUCUCUGGCAAUAUCCAUUAUGUCUCAUGUGGUACACAGCAUGGUGCUGAAUUACCUGUAAAGAAAGGUGGCUCUGUAUAUAGCGUGGAAGAAAGCAAUAAUGGUGUGGGCAACACAGUCCUGGUAGUUUUCAACAACUAUAAAAGGAAAUGCUGUUGCAAAAGGAGUGGAAUGGAACUUGUGGCCCCUUGACAACUAGAAAGAGGUCCAAAUUUAGCCAUAAUACUGUAAAAAAGAGAUCUUUAUUUAUGAUGCAUAAGAAACUUUCUAUGGUUAAAUUUCGGUAUAGAAUUAGAAAAUCCCCAGAACUUCGAGCAAGAGGCAAAACCUGCAAACUGAGAAAAAUCAAGCCGAGGUGGGUGGAGAAAGUUACAGGGGACCAUCGAGAGACGUUCCAGCGGGAUUUUGAAGGUGGAUUGUGUAAUUGGUUUUCCUACUGGAAAUCUAAAAGUGACCGUCUUUGGAACCGGUACAGCUUAUCAGAUAUGAACAAUAAUACACCCAAAUCUGCAGGCGAGGAGAAGGAAGUACAUGCAUCUGAGACCUGCCACGCGCAGGACGCGUUGCCGUGUGCCGAGCUGGGUUCUGAGGAGCCGGGAUCCGGAGGGCAGGAUGGUGCUGCUGGCGCUGUGCUGCCCGAACUGCAUGCUGGAGCCUCUCCAGAGGCAGGGACUUUGCCCGGUGUGGAGGCUGCCGAGGCUCUGGCAGAGGAUCGUUCCUCUGGCACGUUGAUCUCUGUGACAGGAAAGGAAAUGGCUGUUUUGGGUCAAGACGAUGCGGAACCGAGUGAGCUUAUGGGUGUAGAUGGAAUGAUGCCGCUACAAUCCUCCUUGCAGGAUUCUGAUGUCAGUGACAAUUUUGCAAAUGGACCUUCAUCCAUGGAGCUGGCACAAAAUGAGGACAGCUCUAGCCAAAUGGAAGUGGAGGGCUCCUUAAACCUGGACAUUUUUAGUGCAAAGUUACUAGAUCACCCGUACUGUAAAAGUCCUCUUGAGGAGCCUUCCCCAGAAAGCACAGGACUGAAAUCAGGAACUCAGAAGGGAGGCAAAAGGAACAGUCAGAAAGCUUCUGGGGUGGCCGACGAGCAGUUGGCAACGUGGCUUUGUGGAUUCCUAGAUGAAGUUAUGAAGAAGUAUGGCAGUUUAGUUCCACUCUGUGAAAAAGAUGUCAUGGGAAGAUUAAAAGAAGUCUUUAAUGAAGAUUUCUCCCAUAGAAAACCUUUUAUCACCAGGGAAAUCAUGAAGUAUCGGGAAAAACAUCCAAAAACCUCCACUUGCAAUUUCCGGGUCUUCUAUAAUAAGCACAUGCUAGAUAUGGAUGAUUUAGCUACACUGGAAGGCCAGAACUGGCUGAAUGACCAGAUAAUUAACAUGUAUGGUGAACUCAUAAUGGAUGCAGUCCCUGAAAAGGUUCAUUUCUUUAACAGCUUUUUUCAUAGACAGCUCGUUACCAAAGGAUAUAAUGGGGUAAAACGAUGGACUAAAAAGGUGGACUUGUUCAAAAAGACUCUCCUGUUAAUUCCUAUUCACCUGGAAGUCCACUGGUCCCUCAUUACUGUGAACAUCCCCAGUCGAAUCAUUUCAUUUUAUGAUUCCCAAGGCAUUCAUUUUAAGUUCUGUGUAGAGAACAUUCGAAAGUAUUUGCUGACUGAAGCAAAAGAGAAGAAUCGUCCCGAGUUUCUUCAGGGUUGGCAGACUGCUGUGACAAAGUGCAUUCCACAACAGAAAAAUGACAGUGACUGUGGGGUUUUUGUGCUCCAGCCUUUUCCUUUUCCUCAGUACUGCAAGUGCCUCGCCUUAGACCAGCCUUUUCAGUUCUCCCAGGAAGAUAUGCCCCGAGUGAGAAAAAGGAUUUACAAGGAGCUGUGUGAACGCCAGCUAAUAGACUAAUAAAAUGCAGCCAACCUAAUUUCUCUGGCAUUUCUGACAAGUUGCAGCUGGUGUUUGUGUACUUGAAUUUCUGAAAACUUCCGUGAAUUUUGAGCGAUUCUCAGCUGAGUGGUGUGGCCACUGUUGUUACCUCAAUUUUUUGACAAGCUCUUUAACUGGCAGAACAUAACAGAAUUGCCGUAUAAUAUUCCUUAUGUCAGUUUGGUUCUCUUAUGUUCUUUCCUGUAUUUAAUAUUUAUUAUCUCAGCAUGCGUAUAGGCAAAGCAUGCAACUAAACCAUAAAACUGUAGAUUUGGUGCACCUUUGAGAUGUAGCUAGAAAUGACAAAUACAGGUGAAUUUGUCUGGAAACAUAAAGAUGCAUGAUAUGUUUUCUGAUGCAAUAAUGCUUUGAAUGUAUCAAAAAAAAAAAAAUCAAUGCCAUAAAAAGAACAGCUGGAACCUAUUUGAGUAUUCUGUUGUCCCUGAUGUGGCCGUAUAGUACUGAGUUACCACUUUUUAGGGUGGCUAAACAACUCAUCUACAGAUACAAUUUCUGGAGACCUCUUUUUUAAAUAGCUAAAGUUGCUAAUAAAGUUUGUUCUGUUAACACUUAGCCAGCUGUCGUUAUCAGCCUGUCGCUAUAGAUAAAAAGCAGCCCUUGCACAAAAAGAAAGCUUCGGCCCUUGUCUGUAUAAUAAAAAGUGCAAAGGUGUUCAGUCAGAUUGAUAGUAUGUUCCUAUAUGCUGCAGAAGUCUCCAUGGUGUGUGUAUUAAGGAGAAUUACAAACCUGGCCCUGAAGAGUCACAGCUCAGAUACUAAGAUAAAAUCCUUGGCUGUAACUGUUUAAAUCUCAGAUGGCUUUGAGUCAUUUUUCAGUUCUGCAAUAUGAAAUGAAAUGUACCAUUUUGCAUCUCCCUUCAGCUCUGUUUUCAAAUGAAUUCCCUUCUAGCUUGUUGUCUUUAACCUCCCAAUGGCUUUUUCCUUUAUUCAAAUAUAAAUUAAUUCAUUUCUCUUGCAUCUGCUAUUUGAUUGUCUCAAGCAUCCCUAGUUUCGUUUGCGUCCAGUAGCACUCAUGGUUGGGAAUAAUAGCACUUGUGGUGGGUAGGAACACAAAAAAGUGUUCUGCUCCAGAGGGAUGGGAGGCUGUAAAUCCAACGCUGAAUUUUGCCGUAUUGUUACACUGAGCAGGGAUAAGUGAGAACAGUGGAUCUUGAGACUUUUGUUUUUUCGCCUUGAUCUCUAAGCUGCGGUAUG